AUGCAUUCUGGAGAAGAGCGCUUUAGGAACAUGCCGAGGGGCCCUUUUACUAGGUCUCCUGAGGAUAGGGGCAUGUCACCCCACGAUAUCGGCGCUGCAUUCGAGGGAGCACGGUUUGGCCUUCAUGCGGAUUAUUUCAGUGACAAUCCCCGAUUCACCACGCCAGGCCAGAUGCCGCCUCGUUCUCCAUUUCCCGCCGGCAGUGGUCGGUUCGAAGAGAUGGGAGGAGGAUAUAACCACGAAAUGAGUCUUAAUGAGACGGUUCGCAAAACCAAUUUGGCCGUGGCACUCGCGAACCAUUACGCCAGCCACCAGAAGUACUCGCAGAUCCAUCCUAUGAUGUGUUCAGAUGGGCGGUUCCCGCCGGACUUCCAAGUGCCGAAAACGCUAGAAUCGAUGAGGUUACUUGAUAACACCCAACUCGAUCGCAUUCUCCUAUCCUACCAUCUCCCCUUGAGCGUCAGGGAGAUUCUGACUUUCCGCGGAGCCAGUCCUCGAGAUGUACCUCCGUCGCGAAUCAAGCACGCCAAAUUGCAAAUAUUGCUGGAACAUCUUGGAGCGCAUCGGUUAAUGGCGCAUGAGAUGAGCAGACACUGGAUUCGAGAAAUUUAG